CUUAACUUGUUCUCUAAAUCAAUCAACUUGGUGAAUGUCUCAGCUUUCCAAGGAUGUACGUCUUUGCGAUCUCUUUAUUUAAGCUUUAAUGAUCUGACUUCCAUCCCCUCUGGAUUGUUUGAAGAAACAUCUGCAUUGUGGACACUUGAUCUCAGUUACAACAAAAUAUCCAGCAUCGCAUCCGAUGCUUUUGUGAAUCUUCACAGCCUCUCAAGUUUGUAUCUGGCUUCCAACAAGCUGACCAUGCUGCCUGAAGAAAUUUUCAACAUCACUACAUUGAGCUUCCUCACGCUCGACAGCAACGAAAUCGUCUCAAGCGUACCUCAGCAGUUCUUUCAGAAGCUGACUGAACUGAUGUACCUAAGUCUUGAUACGGCCAUGCUCCUUCCAGCUGGAAUCUUUGACAAGCUGACCAAACUGACGACGCUAUCGCUGGAUGGCAAUGGUCUGACAAGUCUGCCGAUGGGAAUCUUUGACAAGCUGUCGAAUCUAGAAGAUCUGGAUCUCUCUUUCAAU